AUGCUCACUUACUUUCGGAAAAAAUCUAUGUCUUCUUUUCCAUUGGAGAAUCUGUACAACCAUUGUUUUAAAUUUACUUUCUAUAUUUCAAUUUUUUCCUCUCUCUCUCUCUCUCUCCCCCUCUCUCUCCCUCUCUCUCUCCCCCCUCUCUCUCUCCCCCUCUCUCUCAUUCCCUCGUUUCUUCUUCGCUUUCUUUUUUAUAUUUUUUUGAUAUUAUUUAAAAGUGUUUUUUCUCUCGUCGCUUUCUUACUCCCUUUCUAUCUCUCUCUGUCUGUUUCUCUCUCUGUCUCUCUGUAUCUCUGUCUCUCUCAUGAUUUUCGUUUAUUUUCUGUUUACCUUCUGUUCAUAUUUCCUUUCCUUCAAUUAUAUUUUUUCCAUUCCCAACUUUAUGUAUCAUUUUAUUUAUAUUCUCUGUAUUUCAAUCUAUUUCGUUUCUGUUCUUUUUUACUUCAUUUUUCUUCAUUUGAUUACAUAUUCCCUUUACAUGCUUUUGCAUUCGUUCCUUACGAGUUUUUUUUUUUUUUUUUUCGGGAUACCCUUUAUUUACUUUUCCUUAUUUCCAUAUCUUUCUCGUUCUUUUCUCUUUUUCUAUACUUUCUUUUUAACUCGACAUAUUCCCUCCUCUCUUUACUUCGCUUUCUCCUCCACCUCGCUUUUUUUUUUUUCUCUCUUGAUUAUCUUUCUAUUCAUUUCCCCCUCCGGCUCAUCUCUUUUCUCCUCUCCAGUCAUUUCAUUCUUCUCUUUCUCCCCUCCCCACCCAUUUCUUCUUUUUCACAUCUCCUUCUACGCCUCCUCAUUAUAAUAGGCACCAUAGCAAUUAAAGCUGUUUAUGUAUAG